ACGGAAAUGGGCCCGUCCAGGCCAGGCGGUGCAUGCGCCUCGGGGCCCUCGGGCAGCGGGGGCGGGGAGCCCGGACCGCCGUGGAGCGGUGGAGGGCGUCACUGGCCUUCGGUGUCUGGCAGCCGGCCUUCGGGUCGGGCGUCUCCGUUGGUAACUGCCGCUUCACUUCUCCCUGUGUGGCCGCGAGUCCGGUUGCACUGCUGUGAUCCAUCAUCAUCUCCUAAAGAUGCAUCCUGACUUAUCUCCACACUUGCACACUGAAGAAUGCAACGUCUUGAUUAACUUGCUUAAGGAAUGUCACAAAAAUCACAACGUUCUGAAAUUUUUUGGUUAUUGUAACGAUUUUGAUCGGGAGGUGAGAAAAUGCCUGAGAAAUGAGUACGUAGAAAACAGGACCAAGAGCAGGGAGGAUGGCAUUGCAAUGCGAAAGAAACUUUUUAAUUCUCCAGAGGAAUCCGAAAAAUAAAUUGCAUUUUCACUGGAUGCCUUGACUGAGAGAAGACCUAAAGACUCUGGGUUGAUACCUGAAAGAAUCCUGUCUUAUUUGGUCUCCAUAAUCCUUUGAAUGGAAGGUGACCUGUGAGAGAUUGAACCGUGGAGAAAUAUGAAAACCCUGGAUUCUGAGUGUUUUUUGGGCAGGGUGUUUAGUACCGUCUCUCCUUUACCAGCAAACCUGACUUCACCGUGUUUCUUCCCUUUGCCUACAACCAGUUAAUAUCUGAGUAACUUAUCUCCCUCAAUAAAAUAAUUUAUUUAAAUAA